AUUAAAAGAACAUUUCAAUUCCAAAAUGACCCAUACUUUGAUACUCCGUAGCCCGUACUUUUAUGUUUUGCGUCUCCAGCUUUAACACUAGUUCAGGACUCCAUUAACGCCCGAUCCUAAUUCAUUCCUUCAACCUCCCGAUCCCAGUUCUUCAGCUCUUAACUCUUUCCUCCUCUGCGUCGUCCGGCUUCCAUCAGAAGCUGCAGUGGUAAAUUUUGUGCAAAAAUGAAUUUUCUGUUGAUGCGGUCGAAUCAGAAUGCAUCUCCAGAGUCGUCGCCCGCUCGGGAAACUCAGGCAGAUAAGAAUUCCGUAUCAAAACCUAGUUCUAGUUUAGAGGGCCUGAUUGCUGAAGAUUCAUUCCAGCAAGACACGUACUCUGGGGACUGUGAUGUAGGGGACUAUGAACAUGGGAAUGAAAAUGGAGGUGCUGUUGGGAUAAGUGGAAUGGGAUGCCACAUUGAGGUCACUGAAGAUGAAGGGUGGAUAGCUAUUCCAAAGGAAAAGCUUCCUGAUAACUGGAGCGAGGCACCUGAUAUAACCUCUUUACGCUCACUGGACCGCUUCUUUGUUAUUCCUGGUGAACAAGUCAAUGUUUUUGCAUGCUUAUCAGCAUAUAAGCAGGAAACAGAAAUUAUUACUCCAUUCAAAGUUGCUGCACUAAUGAACAAGAAUGGGUUAGGUCAACGCAGCAGGAAAGGAAAUGGCUGCACAGCUACUGAGAUCAAUCCUGUUUCUGAUGGAACAGAAAUAAGUGACAGUGGUUAUAUGAAUCAUACUGGGAUCUCAGAACAAGGAAAAUGUGAUACUAAAAAUGAAGUUUCCGCUGGUGAAUCUCUUCUAAGACAGGAGGAGCAUAAAAGACAGACAGAAUCCUUGCUGCUAAGAAUGAACAAUUCUCACUUCUUUGCUCGAAUUGCCGAAGCAGAUGAGAACCUAUGGGAUAAAAGAAAAGUUGUGAAAGACGCAUCUGCUAAGAUAGGAAACAAGUUGAAAAAUGAACUCUCUCCGAGUACGGCAAUUGAAAGGGGAAAUUUUGAUGCCAUAAGGUCAGGAGGGGUGGCACGAAAUGCUAUCAAGUGCUGUGCCCUUCCUAAUGGAGAUAUAGUGAUAUGUUUACAGGUAAAUGUUGGUGUUGAAUUUUUCAGAGAUCCUAUACUGGAAAUACUUCAGUUUGAGAGACCUCCGGAGAAAAAUUUGCCUUCUGGGAGUUGGAAAAGUUUGACUUACGUAGAUCAAGAUCCUUGUGAUGAGCUCUUGAAGUGGGUGCUUCCUUUGGAUAAUAAGAUUCUUCCUCCAGUCCAACCUCCUUCCCCUCCUCAACUUAGUUAUUCUCCUUCUAUACGCACCUCAUCCGCAAGAGUCAUUUCGUCACCAGCAACUGGUUCUCAGCUUUUCUCUUUUGGGAACUUUAGAAGUUACUCCAUGUCCUCACUUCCGUCAAAUAGUGUACAGCCGUCAUCUGCUUCAAACUCUAAUUCCAUACCCAAUUUUGAUCCAGAAAAUUGGGAACAGUUCUCAUUUCAGAAGGCAAUCAAGAGUGAAAAUAGCAGGAAUGAAAGCCUUUUGUCUUUUCGAGGUGUGUCCUUGGAGCCUGAAAGGUUUUCGGGUCAUUGUGGUUUGGAAGGGGUGUUUAUGCCCGGAAGGAGAUGGAGAAGGAAAAUUGAAAUUAUCGAACCAUUAGAAGUCAAAACUUUUUCUGCCAACUGCAAUUCAGAUGAUCUCAUUUGUGUUCAAGUAAAGAACAUUGCUCCAGAACAUACACCAGAUCUUGUCUUGUAUAUAGAUGCCAUUGCAGUUGUCUUUGAAGAAGCAUCACAAAGUGGACCUCCUUUAUCAUUACCCAUUGCAUGCAUUGAAGCUGGGAAUGAUCAUUGUUUACCGGAUUUGGCUCUCAGGAGAGGUGAGGAACACUCCUUUAUUCUCAAACCAGCCCCCCGCACUUGGAAAAACUCCAAGGGUAACAGUGAGAAAACUUCAUGGUUACCACAUAUGAAAACGAGAAAUGUUGUAUCAACAUUGCAGCAUUCCUCAAAUGUUGUGGGGAACAAUUUCUCGUCAACUGCUGAUAAGUAUGCUAUUCUUGUAUCAUGUGCAUGCAAUUAUACUGAGUCUAAGCUGUUCUUCAAACAGCCCACAAGCUGGCGACCGCGGAUAUUUAGGGAUUUGAUGAUAUCUGUUGCAUCAGAAAUGUCAAAACAAACUCUAGUUUCUGAUGAGAGCGGGGCUCAGCUUCCAGUACAGGUCCUAACACUUCAAGCAUCAAAUUUGACUUCUGAAGAUUUGACGAUGACAGUACGGGCCCCAUCUUCCUUUACUUCACCGCCUUCUGUGUUGUCAUUGAGUUCUUCUCCAACAUCACCACUUAGCCCCUUUCUUGGCUCUUCCGAGCUCUCAGAAAGAAUGAACAAUGAGAAGGCCAUUUCCCUACCUGAUGCCCUUCCAAGUAAUGAUUUGGGUUGCACACAUUUAUGGUUGCAGAGUAAGGUUCCCUUGGGUUGUGUUCCUUCUCAAUCCACUGCCACAAUCAAACUUGAGGUGCUUCCCUUGACAGAUGGCAUUAUCACACUUGAUUCCUUCCAGAUUGAUGUAAAAGAGAAAGGCCUCACCUAUGUACCGGAGCAGUCUCUGAAGAUAUAUGCAACUUCGAGCAUUUCCACUGCGAUGAGGUGAUUUUAAAUUGUUCUUGAAUGGUAUAUCAUUUUUUUUGUAGUGGGAUUUAUGACAUAGACUAUUAGAGGAAUGUGUCUCUACUUAUGAAUCUAAAAUGCUGCUUUAUCAGCACCAAAGUGUUGUACCAUUAAAUUUUUUUGUUGUAACUUUAUAUAGUACGUAUAUAUUAAACGUAGUGAACAUGCUUAUGAUACAAAUUGCCUAUUUCGUUCGGUCAAAGGUUAAUCAAUCGCUCUAUUUUGG